ACUUGUAAACGUGUAGCCCGCUGAAUGGUCGGUUGUUAAAAUGAAUACUUAUCUUUUUUCCUGCUUUUUCUUGUUUGUUGUCUACUUAAUUACCAAUAAAGUAGAGGGACGUAAGUACUUAAGUUCUUCAAUUAAUAGGGAAAAGUUCAUAAGCUUUACUGUUGUUAUUAAUUGUUUGAAUUGAGCUCUGUAUCAAAUAUACCCUAUUUUCGUGCGUAUCUUUAUAGCCGUUCGGUUUUGAAAACAGGAAUGCAGUAUGAAUACGUGACUUGUGGAUCUAUGAUAAAAUUGAAAAAUGUUAACUAUGGUACAAGACUACAUUCUCAUGAUGUCAAAUAUGGAUCAGGAAGCCAACAGCAAUCUGUAACGGCAGUUCAUGCAUCAGAGGAUAACAACAGCUACUGGAGAAUAAAAGGAAAAGCCAAGUCGGACUGUGUGCGAGGAACACCAAUCAAGUGUGGACAAACUAUUCGUCUUACUCAUAUGAAUACUGGAAGAAAUUUACAUAGUCAUCAUUUCCAAUCACCCCUUUCGAACAACUACGAGGUAUCAGCAUUUGGAGAAGCGGGUGUAGGAGAUGAUGGUGACAAUUGGAACGUACAAUGUGAUGAAACUUCUUGGAGGAGAGAUGAGGAAAUACGCCUGAAACACGUUGUAACUUCUGGAUAUUUGCAUAUAAGUGGAGAAACUUAUGGUCGUCCAAUCAAAGGGCAAAUGGAAGUUAGCGCAGCUCAUGGAAUAAGUUCUAAAAAUGCAUGGAAAGUCGCCGAAGGCGUUUACAUCAAGCCCUCAGAUACUUCAAACUGGCAAAAAUCAACAGAAACUCAUCACCAUGAUGAAUUAUAG